CUAAGAACUAGCAGUAUAGAAAUCUAACCAAACAAAAUCAGCUGCUAGCCGUCAAUUCAGCAUUCUGCAAUAAUUUAUUGCAACUCAAGUUAAAAUCAUUUCAUAUUUACAGUUUUGAGUAAAAAAAGGACAGCAGCAUCUGAAAUACUUGAAAGCAAAAAAACAAGAGAAGCAAUAACCAUGUCCAAUAUCAGUAUAUCAAAUGUUUCAACUUCUAGUCCACGAUCAAAUUUAAAAAUUGCCGCUGGAGCAGUAGUUUGUGAUGAAAGCAUUCUUAAAGGCGACAUAACAAUUGGCCCAAGAACUGUCAUUCAUCCCAAAGCAAUUAUUCUGGCAGAAGCAGGCCCUAUUAUCAUAGGCGAAGGAAACAUUAUUGAAGAAAUGGCAACAAUAGUCAACAAAUUACCUGACGAUGCUCCAAGACUUACAACAGUACCAGUUCAAAUUAUCGGGAAUUAUAAUGUUUUUGAAGUAGACAGCAUUUGUGAAGCGAGUAAAGUCGGGGACAAUAAUAUUCUAGAAACGAAAGCAUUUGUUGGUCGAGAAGUUGAAUUGACCAACGGCUGCAUAAUUGGUGCUGCUUGCUCUAUAUCAGAAUCGGAAAUUUUACCCGAAAAUACGAUUGUUUAUGGAAGCCAAUGUCAGCGUAGAGAAAUGAGUGAUAAACCAUAUCCUCAAGUUGGACAAUUGGAUUUUUUAAUGCGGGUACUACCGAAUUAUCAUCAUCUUCGAAAACCUAAUAUGAAAUUAAAAACUGAACCAUCUGUAUAAUAGAUCGUCAUUUAUUAUUUUUAAGAUAUUUAUUUUGUUCUUACUUUGUAAUUUAGAUACUAAUAUUUAAUUAUAAAUGUUUGUUUUAUAUUAUAAAAUAAAAUACCUUUUUUAUAUGCAGUA